AUGGAACGUCGCUCGGUCCCUCAAAUCAGCCCGUUAAAGCAUCACGCUACUAUCCGCAUCACCAAACAGGCCGACAUGACCAGUGCGCCCAUACCCAAACUACCGUCAGCAUUGAUCCAUAAUCCACGACAGAGAGACGCUGUUGCGUUUGAAGCAGCGUUGAAACUUGCUGGCAUGGCACGAGUUCCUGCUAUCCAGCAGCCACCCCCGGUACUGAAGCACAGGGCCACAGACUCAGACUUGUCGGAGAUAUUACGCAUGACGGCUGAAAGAUUACAGGACGGCCAGAGAAGUUCAAGAAGACAAACAAUCUUUAUCCAUUCGAAAUACGGCGACCCAGAAAUUCAAGAGCACUGGCUGAGCGACAGCAGAAGGUCAAGCCCCACUAAGACCCAACGAAGCGCGCCGGUCAUCAUGUGCGAGGAGCUCGAUGCCGUAGAGACAUCUAUUUCCGGAAUGCAACAUACAGAGCAUCCACCAAUCCCAAGGCACAAACGACAAGCAUCCCAGGUUUCUAUAAUUUCCGAUCCUGACAGCCUAGUAGCAGCAAGGCGUGUCUCCCAACCUGACCACACCACCCCACUAUCAAGUCCAAGUAGAAAUAUCAAUAUUGUGGAACCUCAGAGCAGAGAGGAAUCUCAAGCACUACCGCGGCCUUUCUCCGUCGCUAGUGCUGAGUCAUCCGCACUUUCAACGCUGUAUAGUGAGGAAGGCGAGCAGGACGCCGCUGCAGAAGGCUCACGACAAGCUGCUUUAGAUACAUUGACUUCGAGAACACGUCGAACUUCCGGAGGCAAUAGCAGCGAGAGCCCAGCGCCGUAUAACACCAAGAGAGGUACACUUGGCGAGGUGACAUUUCCUAGGCCUUUGCAAAAAACGGAGCCGGAUGUACAACCGAAUGCUAUUGAGCCUCUGAGGCCACGUAAGACAUCGUUACAGUUCACUAUUCAUGCUAUGGAUGACGCAGACGAUCCUUUCACAGCUAAGACGCCACACUCUCAGGACCCCCUGAGGCUGUCACAAGUGUUCACUCCGGUGCCGCCUAGCAGAGACUUUGAGGAUCAUGAGAAAACUACUAUCGUGGAUACUGGCUUCUAUCCAGUGGUAGAGGUAACGAGACCUCUGGAAACACCCACUCCGUCACCCAAGAGUCACAGGGUCAUUCCGCUGCCGAUAGGUCUUAGGACAAUGACCAGCUCGCCCACUCUAGGGAUGACAAAGCGCCAACCUAGCCCGGCAUUCUCGGAGGGCGGCCUGUCUUCCGUCUACGAAAGCUACGGCUCCAGCGAGGGUGGGACAUUGGAUCAGAGCACUGCAACACUGGUUACUGUUCUGACGAACGAAACUCAAUCCACGUCAGGCCGAAUGUCGUGGAUGAGUAAUCGCGCGUCCUGCGGUGCGGGAGACUGGAAGCAGUCAGAACCCAGACAUCAGGUAGAGCGGCUUACAUCGCAGGCCUCGUUUUACUCGCAAGACCAAGACCAAGAGAGCGAACAGGACACGGUACCACCAAUGCUAGCGCCGACACAAACAAAUUCUCAUGUCGCGAACGCCGUGGUGGAACUUCGGCGCAUGAAUAGCACCGUAAGCUGCACCAGCGGGUAUAGCUCGGUCUCCGUCGAGUCAAAUCCAGUACUGGUCAUGGCGCGCGGGGGUGGGUUCAGCCCAGGGAAAACGGGCGGCGGCGGCAAGAACUACCUUGCCAUGGGAAGCCCGGAGCGUGUCGUCAACAGGAAUGGCCCCGGCAGGGAUAUCCCAUGCCCAGGUUUAGCGAGGAGCGGUGGGAGAUCGCGAAGGGGGACGAUCAUGGGUGGUGGGCGAGUGGGUUCGGAUGGGAGACGGGAAGAACCGAAGGGGAUGUUGGGGGAAGGGUGCUGUAAUAACGCGGGAAAGGACAAAGAGAGGAAAAUGAAGAUCAUAGAGCAUGAUGAUGAUGAAGAGGGUUAUGACAUUUUGAGGCUGUACGAUGAGAAGUGGUUCUUGAAGAACUCUCCCCUGCCAAGGGGUCAAGUGGACGGACUAUAA